AUGACUACCGAUAAUUUAUAUUGUAGAAUGAGUUUAUAUGAUAAAAAUUAUAUUAAACUAACAUCAGACUUCUAUUUUACAUUAACAUCAGAUGUUUUAAAAGAUCAUAUAAAAGAAAGUAAACCACUUAAUGUCCCACUAGUAUCAAUUCCUUUAAAAGAAGAAUUUAUUGGAGAAGAAGAAAAUUAUGUUGUGUUACAAGUUUAUAAACAAAUGGAUCCAAACAUUGAUUUUGCACGAGAAAUUUUUAGUGACGAAGGUCAAAAAGAAUUAAAAACUAAAAAAAAAUAUAUUGAUGGAAUUAAAGAAUCAACUCGUAUCUUUGAACAAAAAGGAAUGUUACAAUUAUUAAUGUUUAGUGCUGCGUUAAUUAAAUUUAAACCAAAAUAUGAUCCAUUUAAAUUAGUUAAACCAGUAGGAGAUCCUAAAGAUGUUGUUUCAAUGAUUAAAGAUGUUGAUAGAAUGAAAACUUGUGGGUAUUGGGAAUUUCUAUUUAAACCAUCAAAAAAAGAAGAUGUUCAUUAUGAUGGAUUUAUGGUAACUAAUACUCAAGAUGGGACAAAUGGGUCUCAAUUUUGUACUAUGACUGAUUUAUCUAUUCAAGAGAAAGAGGAUAUUUUUAUGGAUUAUGAAAAUUUAUUAUUCGUUUAUCCAACUGAAAUUUGUCUUGGUAAAGAGAAAAAAAGAAAUGGAGUUUGUGUUACUGUUUAUCUAAGAGAUAAUGAUAAUGACAAAUUUACUCCAGGAGUAUCUAAACCAAUGGCAGCUAUUUAUCCAAUGGCUAAUACUCCUAUCCAAUCACUUACAAGGUCAUUUACUACUGCUGUAUCAGUAGACAAGAUUGGUCAUUUUAUUGAUGAAAUUAAGAUCCAAUUGCCUUUCCCUUUAACUGAUAAACACCAUUUAUUAUUUCAUAUCAAAGACAUAAAUUGUGAAGAUGGAACAGAGGGAAGACAUUUCUAUGCUAAACUUCCAUUAUUAGAUAAUGGACAAAUUAUUGAAAAUAAAGAACACACCGUCCAAAUUAUGAAAGAAAUGACAAAAAAAUAUUUAAGUGUAAUUGAUAAUUAUGAUGUAACAAAAGUUUAUUUGAAGGUCAAUAUUCGAUUAGUCUCUACUAUUUAUCCCGAACAUUCUUCAAUUUCAAAAUAUUUAUCAGGAACAGAAAACAUUAAUAAUAUCAUUACUGUUGAUAGUAGACUGGAUAUCCUUCAUUUCUUUCCUUCUAUUCUUCAAAAAUGUCUAGAAGAUGCUACUUCAGGAAAACAAGAAAGUCUUAUUAAGUUAUUUGAAAUAGCCAAUUUGAUUGAAAAUAAUAAAGAGAUGUCUCAAGACCAAAAAGAAAAGUAUCGAAUAUAUAAGAGUCCAAUAAUACUCGAUAGCAUCAAUCAUUUUGUUUCAUAUAAAAGUGAUGAUGGGAGAUAUUAUUGUCAAGUUAUUACUUCAUUAUUACCAGUAUUAUUUGCUAAAAAUGAGAAUAUUUGUAAAGAACGAUUAAAAUAUAUGAGCAAGGAAAAUAUGUUGGAUAUAAUUUAUCUACAAAUGUUUCUUUAUGUUCUGAAUUUAUUUGUUAUUGUUCAGACUUAG